GGCCUACAAGCAUUAAAUUAGGCUGGAUGAUAUGAGUGCCUUUGCGUCUCUAGGAAGACAGCCCAACAUUCAAGAUUAUUGUUACCCUCAUCCCGUUGAGCAGCUUCUAGCGGGACCUGUUGAGGCAUCCAGUUUCAAGUUCUCUAUUGAUAAUUCCGUCUUCACUCCGUCGUCAGUAUUUUUGGGCCUUCAUCCGUCAGAAUAUAUAGUCGCCCGAGGGUUGUAUCAGCUCAAAGUUCAUCGUGGCCUAUGCAUAAUUAACAAUGCUCACCAACUUCUGUGUGGGAAGCUUUAUCCCAUCGUCACAAGCUCCGCAGAGUCUCUUCCAACUAUCGCCGUUCCGAAUGACACCGAGCCUCUGUUUGAAGGCCCGGAAAUAGAUCCCAUAUUCCCCAAGCAUGCCACUGUUAUUGAGUUAAGCAAUUGGGCUGUUGGAAUUGACAAUUUGGGAUUCUACAUGCCUCGGUUGGCAAAACUUUACAAGCGGUUGGAAUUGGGACACACCUUCGAGUUUGUGCAGAAGGGCGAAGACGCCUGUAGCACCAACUACUUCGAUGAAAAAACGUUGCGAGUUUUGGACAGUGCGUGUCGCCAAAUGGAAAGAGUCGUGGUCUUUGGAGUGCCCAAUAGUGGAAAAAGAACCUUUUGCAAGGCCCUCAUGAAUAGCACGAUGGUCUAUGGAAAACGGCCCGUGGCGUAUCUUGAUCUCGAUCCCAGCAGCAUUGAUGGCAACAAUCCAGGAUGUCUCUCAUUGCGAGUUUUGAGGAAGCCUGUUUUCGGGGAGUUUUUUUUCUGGGGCGAAGACGAUCUUACCGAAGACCAUACCCAUCGUUACUACGGGUUCUCGUCCUUCACAGAUAAACCCGAGCUUUACCUAAGAUCAUGCGAUGAGCUACUUCAGCAUUAUGCCACAAAUUUGGAGCCCAAGGGAAUCCCACUCGUGGUCAGAUUUCCGUCUUGGAUAAAAGGGUACGGAAAAGAGCUUCUCAUGGAAUUCAGCCGCACCUUGAAGCCCAAGAAAAUGGUGUAUCUCACACACAACGACGCUUUAUCUCUAGAUAAGUUCGAGCCAGACGCAUUUGAAGAAACCGACCACCCGGACUAUGACGUGUUAUCGGGGUUUCACAUCAAAGACACGACUAUUGUAAGAGGUGUGCGGAGGGCACGGGCGUUCACUAAGCAGGAGCUUUUGCUCCGAAACAAGCUCCUAUACUUUCAUCAAACAACCCGUCGGGAUUUUGACUUCGUGAGGCCACUUUUGCAUAUCGCGCCUGUGAAGUUUUCUUUUGACCACGUAUCCGCCAUCAGUGUGCUCAAUAUCGAGGCCGAUGAGGACAUAUCAAAACAAGACGCCUUUUCCCUCAUCGAGGCUACCAUUGUGGGGAUAUUCACUGUCAAAAAUUUGCCAUCAGUCCCAAAAAACUUUUAUUUAUCGGGGUCUAAACUCACUGGGCUUGAUUACUCGUAUGUUGGAUUGUGCAUGGUGCAUCUGGUGGAGAAUAGAGAGCGUACAUUUAACAUUCACCUACGAGACGAAGACUAUGUCUCCGAAAAAAUUAUACACGCAAAACAGAACGGCCACUCAGUGGUCCUUGCCAGAGGCGAGGGUGAGAUUCCGCCGGUAGAAUUUACGAACGGGUUGUCAGGUGAGUUUAGCAAUGUGCCGUAUGUGAGCACGGACCAGAUGCAGAAACUUGGUGGUAUAUGGAAGAUCCGCAGGAAUAUCGGAAGAAAAAACCAGGGCUAAUGGAAGGGUCGAGCCUGCCUUAUAGAAGCAUUCAUAGAUGUGCUUGUGGAGACGUGGCUAUUCGGCUGUGCCAACUCUCACGUGACUGCGAGCAACGCGUCAGCCCGCCUAAUACGUCAUAGGAUAAAUGAGCAUUAGUCCAUUUGGAUGCGUCUUUUGAUCCGAAAGCGCAUGAGUCUUGACGAUGAACGCGUCUAUGUAUAUAUAUCUCAUAUGCUGAAAUAUAUGUUUUGAAGAAGCA